UUGCUGAAGCUACAGUGGACUCUGACCCACACAGCAACAGCGCUAUAAGUCCUAAGGUGUUUGUGCAAAGAGCAGCCAGAGACAGUCUGUCCCUAGUCUCUACAUACAAUGACAGUGAGGCCAGUGCAGCACUUUGAGGAACUGGACAAACUUGUAUGACGGAUUGCAGCAGUUGUACAUCGUCUUCAGACUGAUCUGCCGGCAUUAUGGCCAAUUUCCUGCAUCUUCUGGCCUGUGCCUUUGGCCUGGGAUCCUGGGUGGCAGUGAACGGCCUGUGGGUGGAGCUUCCCCUCAUCGUCAACGCUCUGCCUGAAGGUUGGGAGCUCCCCUCCUUCCUCACAGUCAUCAUCCAGCUGGCCAACCUGGGACCUCUGCUGGUCACCAUCAUGCACAAACUGUGCCCGGGUCGUCUUAACGAGCGUGCCGUCAUUUACUCCAUCCUCUCCAUCGGAAUCAUCUCUUGCAUCCUGCUCAUCUUCUUUUGGGACAAAACAACUGUUGUGGCAGGGGCGCCGCACAGCACCGCCUUCUUCAUCAUCACCUUUUUCCUCUCUCUGGUGGACUGCACAUCCUCGGUGACCUUCCUCCCUUUUAUGAUGCAGCUUCCACCUAAAUACAUUACUACUUAUUUUAUUGGAGAAGGGUUGAGUGGUUUUAUACCUGGUGUAAUCGCUUUGGCCCAAGGUGUGGGUAUGGCAAAGUGCGUAAACACCUCUCAGACAGUAGGAAACCACACAGAUGAGGAAGUGUGGUCCAUGCAAACAGAGUAUCUUCCUCCAAACUUUUCCACAGAGGUGUUUUUCUCCUUCCUGGCAGCAAUGAUGUGCAUCAGCUUGGUGGCUUUUCUUGGACUAAACAGACUUCCUCGGACAUUCGACCUGUCGACAGAAAACCUCGUGCCCGACACAGUUGGUUCAGUCAGCUCUGGUUUGGAGAACCCAGUAGCAGAGACUGAUGGAGAGGAAAGGAAACCUCAGAGGGAAGAUGGAGAAAAGGCUGAACGGCAUCACUCCACGUACCAGCUGGUCUACAUCUACUUUCUUGUGGUUUGGGUCAAUGCUUCAACCAACGGACUGCUGCCCUCAGUCCAGACUUAUUCCUGUAUGCCGUAUGGGAACCUCGCCUAUCACCUCUCUGCAGCCCUGGCCUCAGUGGCCAACCCAGUGGCCUGCACCAUUGCAAUGUUCUUCCAAAACAGGUCUCUGAUAUUUCUUGGCAUGCUGACUGUGUUGGGGACAGGCUUUGGCAGCUAUAACAUGGCUAUGGCAGCUAUGAGUCCUUGUCCUUUGCUUCAUGGGUCUGCAGCAGGAGAGGCGAUCAUUGUAAUCUCAUGGCUCUUGUUUACUGGGACUCUGUCUUACGUGAAAGUGAUGGUUGGGGUUAUCCUGAGAGAUCGGAGCCACAGCGCCCUGGUCUGGUGUGGAGCCGCAGCACAGAUGGGUUCACUGGUCGGCUCCGUCACCAUGUUCCCCUUAGUGAAUGUUUACCGGCUCUUCAAGUCAGGAGAUGUCUGUAACACUCAGUGUCCUUCGUGACAGUGGGUCUAGACUCUCAGCUAAAGAUGAUUUGUGCUUUGGGAUGUUUGUUUAUUUAAUUAUUUUUCCAGCAGCAAAAUAAAACAAUUGAACGCCCAAAAAAUUUAAAAUAUUGAGUGAUUUUUCUGAGGGUAUCAUAAGAAUCUCUAAUUUAUUAAGAUUUUGUACAGUAAUUAGAGAUAUUUAUUUGACAUAAAAAACAACUUUUCUUUGCAGAAUUCUGUAAAGAAAAAAAAAGUUUUUUAAAUUUUUAUCAGUGUAUUAAUUGUAUUAAUGUUUGCCAUUGUGCAGGGAACAUCUACAGCUUCUAGACAGAGAAAGACUACAGCUUAGAAAGGAGGAAUCCUACAAUCUUUUUAUUUUUGGCCAGCAGAUGUCACACCCAGACUUCUAAAGCACACCAGUUUACAGCUUUCUGCACAAGAGUACACUAAUGCACACACUGCAGAUAAAGUGAAAUGCACUGAUUUGUUUCAACUUUGACCUGUAAUCUCAACAUUUUAAUUUCCUUUUCACUGUACAAGUAAAUAAUUGUAACCAUUCUACUCCAAAAUGUAUUUUUUUUUCACUAAGUCCUUUAUUUUGCUUCUGAUUCUCAUUUUACUGACAUCUUGAACAGUGUAUGCAACCAAGGUAAAAAAGGUUUCUUUAAUUUUAAGUACAUUUUGUGAAGGACUUUUUAUGAUUUUGUUGUAAGAUAACGAUUAUUUAAAUGUAGGAGUUAUAAUCAUGAUAAUAAAAAAGGAUAUUUAAUUUGCCAGCCACACAUUUUAACAGCACCCUACAUUAAUACUAAGCUUUAUUAGAACAAUGAAUGAAAGAGUCAAACAAAGGCAAACUUAAGACAUAAAUAAAUGAAAUUUAGAGCCCAGAUUGGAAAAUCUGCUAAUAAUUAGGACUCUUCAAAGCAUGCUUUUUAGCUAAUUAUCUGCAACACAUUUUAAAGUUGUUAAGAUGUUGCAGAAACCCCGAUUUAAUUUAAUAGUUUAUUAUAGCAGCUGCAUGGUCAUAAACUUGCAUUUUGCAAUAUUUUAACAUAAUUUUAAUGAUAAAAGUUUAGUUUACUUGAUGUUAGGAUGAGAGCUUUUUUGGAAAUCUUGGUCAGAGUGAAUUAUAUGUCUGUUAAUAGGUCAGAUAUCUGUGUUUAUAAUUCUACAAUGAUGCUAACCAAGCUAACUGCAAUAAAAUCUAAUAUAA